UUCACUCUUCCAGCCAUGGCGUCUGCUGAUUUCAGUAAGGAACUGGACUGCUCCAUCUGUCUGCACACUUACACAGAUCCUGUAAUGCUGAGAUGUGGACACAACUUCUGCCGGGUCUGUAUCGAUCGUGCGCUGAGUACACAGGACGAGUCUGGAGUUUAUACCUGUCCUCAGUGCAGAGCACACUUUUAUAAACGUCCUUCACUGCAAAGAAACAUAACUCUGUGUAACAUAAUUCAGCAAUUUCUCUCCAUUCCGACACCACAGAAGGGCACUGGGAUUUUCUGCACUAACUGUAUUCAUUCUCCUGUACCUGCUGUUAAAUCCUGUCUGCAUUGUGAAGUUUCUCUUUGUGAUAACCACCUAAGAGUUCACAGCAAGUCACCAGAACACGUCUUAACUGAACCCUGCACUUCCCUGGAGAAGAGGAAAUGUUCUGUCCAUAAGAAGAUCCUGGAAUAUUACUGCACUGAGGAUGCUACUUGUAUCUGUGUGACCUGCAGUUUGGUUGGAGAACAUCAAGGACACUGGGUGGAGAUGCUGGAUGAGGCCUCUGAGAAGAAGAAGAAGAAAGUAACACAUAUUCUUCAGAAACUGACCAGAAAGAGAGAGGAGACUGAGACAGGAGUCCAGAACCUGGAGAAACGCUGGAGAAAAGCUCAAGAAAAAGCAACUGGUGAUGCACAAAAAGUCACUGCUCUGUUUACGGACACCAGGAGACGACUAGACAACCUAGAAAAGAAGGUCCUGAGUGAGAUCUCCAGGCAGGAAGAACAGGUGUCACUCAUGCUUUCUACUCUGAUCCAGGAGCUGGAAAUAAAGAAGGAUGUGCUAUCCAGGAAAAUGAGACACAUUGAGGAGCUCUGUAACAUGACUGAUCCACUGACUGUCUUACAGGAACCACACAUAGAUGACCUGUGUGAUCCAGAGAUGGAGGGAGGUGAUGAUACUGGAAGAGAUGAUAAACAGCUUUAUGAUGUAGCUGACACAGAAGACUUGCCUGUGUCAACAAAGAAAAAUGUAAAAGUCAGGACCGCUGGAGGGAAUGUAACAGAUCCUGGAAAUUGUGGGAACUAUAUGGAGGGUCCUGGAGACAUAUUACUGGAUGUAAACACAGCUGCUAAUAAUAUCCUUAUAUCAGACGACCUGAAAACGGCAACCUGGUCACAAACAGAACAGGACCGUCCAGAUACAGCAGAGAGAUUCCAGGAUUAUAAUCAGGUGUUAAGCAGCAGGACCUUUUUUUCAGGGCGACAUUACUGGGAUGUGGAAAGUAGUGGGAAAGCGGAGUGGCUGGUGGGAAUGUGUUAUCCGAGUAUAGACAGGAAAGGAGAUCAGUCAUACAUUGGCGAUAAUGACAAGUCCUGGUGUCUGCAAAGGGAAAAUAAUUAUUUAGUUAUGCAUGACAGUCAAGCGAUCCAGUUACCUGUCAAAAUUUCUAGUGAUAAAGUUAGGAUAUGUCUGGACUAUGAGGCCGGGCAGCUGUCCUUUUACGAGCUGUGUGACCCCAUCAGACACCUACAUACCUUCAAUGCCACCUUCACCGAGCCCCUUCAUGCUGUAUUAUGCUUGGGUAACGGUUCCAUAAAGAUAUCAGGCUGGGGCAGCAACUGUGAGGAACUAUGA